AUGGCGCACAACGAACAGGACAACGAGGAGUCUUUGCUCGGACCGAUGGAGGCACACUUACAUGCUCACGCUGUCAGCGACGAUACUGCGACUGAAGAAAUUCAAAACAAGAUAUACUCCGCCAUGGAAAGUUUCAUGGCCGACGCGACCGAAACUAGCGACGCAAAUGCAUCUCAUGAGCUUAAAGCUGUACUUCGUGUGCUCUACCGCAAGGUGCCCAUGACACUGGAGCUCGCGCGCGUCAUUCAGAGGCUCGCUGAUGACCUCAGUGUGGCACUCGGCAACGAUUUCAACUAUCUCGAGGCUGUGAUGGAGCGCCAUGAACCAGAGAUACGUCGUCGAUGGAUCGCGAAAACACGGAACGAGAGGCGUGCUCUCCUUUUGAAGGUGUCACCACACAUGCCAGAAGGGCAUCGUCCUGACCUGGACAUUAUCUACCUUGAGAGAUUCGCUAACCAAGAGGAAACUUCGUCUCUAAGUGAUGUACUACUCUGGCCGUAUAUCAAUCUCGAAGACUUGUGCAAGACGCAACCGCUAUUAGUAUUUCUGAACGCCCGAGCGUACAAUCUACCAUGGACGUUUGCCUUAUCCGAAAGCUUGUUCAACCCAUUCGGAAAAGCUCCAGGCUGUCCAGGUCGUGAUAAGGAGCAGAUCAGCAUGCACUUCCGAUUCACGAAAGACCCAAGCCCCGGCGUGUAUGGACAUGUCCGGAUCAUCUUGGAAGGUGACGUCGAGAUCACUAGCAACCUGAGUGAGGAGUCAAUCGAAUACUGCCAGCGACAGGGUCUCCACCUGCUAUAUGUUCAGCAACAUAUCAUGGCCUUUCUUGUCGCCUGCGUCAAGGAGAUCUUACACGACAAGAGUGGAGAAGCUCUUAUGAAUGUUCCCAUUCUCACAAAAGAUGCUCUUUCCGACAGGGUCAACAAAACCACCGAACACACCAUCUUCGCAGAUACAAUUCUACUUGCACCUUAUCGUGCGCGAUCCACGGUAGAUUUUCACAGGCUCCGCGCAUACUUAGCCGGUCUGUUUAACAACGCGAAAGAUCAUAUAUGGGCAUUGCGAGAAGAUCCCUCAUAUAUGGCCGAUACAAUCCGUGAUGAGUGGAGUCAUCGCACAGAGAUGAUUAUGGACAUGACAUCAAGGGCCAAGUGCAUUGUCACCCAGGUCGUCCGUGAGGCUUAUCUCAAUCUUGCAUACUUUAAGACGUUAUACGAGACCGCAGAUCGUUUAUGCCAGUUGUUCGAGGACGGCGUGGUCAAUGAUUUGCACACCAAUUUUCAUGCUGUGCAAGUCAUUGACCUAUUCGCUCGCCACAUGAAGGAUACCCUGACUAAGUCCAUUCGGUAUGACACUUGGGGCUCCCCAGGAAUGAGGCACUUAUACACGAGGGAGCAAGGUCUUCGCGAACUCUGCUUCAAAAUCAGAAAUAAUGCCACAGGAGAUCAACUUGAAGCAGAGUUGAUGCAUGUUUUUAAUUUCUUCGAUGCCAGCGGGAAGGGUCGAGUCUCAGAUGGCGUCUUCUUUCAUAAGCUCGACCAGCUCGAUUCCAUCCUGAGGAAGAAUUCCGGGGCGCAAACUAUGAUCUCUCCACGCGUAUCUCAGAAACUCGGGAGUCUGUCAAUCAUGGUCGAGUGUCUUCGUCAGCUCAGCCUCUGGAGACUUAGCCCGGAAGUCCAGCUGUUUCUCGAAGAUCAUGGGCAUUGCGAAGAGAAGCUGUCCAACAAAGAAGGCCUCCAACAUUUUCUGAAGUGGUUCAACGCUUUGGAUAAGUACAAACCUCUGGUGACUGCCGUAGAUAUACCACAGGGCUGUUUGAACUAUCCAAUUCACCAUUUCCCGAACCGCCAGAAUGUUGAGCAAAUGCGAGCAGCGGAGAAGAAUUUGGACUCAUUCUGGACUCAUCUCGACAUGUUCUUAGCGGAGUCUACGGGCCAAGCUCAGCAUGAGCUUAUUCAGCCUUGCCUUGCUGAACAUAUGCGUCGUACACCAGCAUGGAUCGACGAGAAGACUUCCAUGUCAGAACACGUGUAUGUGCCUCUUUCCAGAGUCUUACACGAUGUUUCGAAGCAGAUCACUGGCGUCUUCGAUAGAUGCGCGGGAGUGAGCAACGCAAAGCCCAAAACCCACGGAAUGCCGAACCCAACGCGGACGUUUCCUGCGACCUCUUUGGAUAUGUCCGUCACCGAUGAAAAGUCCACAGCACUUAAGCACGUGAAAGUGGAUAAGCGCACUUUCAAGACGAUCAAAUCCAUCUUCGGCAUGCAUGCCCAAGCAGGAGAUGUCCCUAAGGUAGUGAAAUGGGACGAGUUCAAGCGCACUAUGAUUCGUACUGGUUUCUCAGCGGAGAAGCUCCAGGGAUCGGCGUGGCAGUUCACUCCGCAGGGAAACACCAAUGUCGAGCGGGGCAUCCAGUUCCACGAGCCUCAUCCCGACAGCGACAUCCCCUACGCCAUGGCGCGUCGUUUCGGUCGUCGGCUCGAGCGUGUUUACGGUUGGACGCGAGAGACUUUCAAGCUCGCUUAG